AUGUUAGAUAUAAGAAGAUUAUUUUGCUUUGGAUUGUCUCUAUUUUUUAUCUCUUUCAAAUUUUUAUUAAACAUAGCCUUUUAAUAAUUCUAUAAUGUGAUAGGAAAAUGGAGGUAAAUGUCUGGAACACAACAUUAAUUAGCACUGAUUUUAGGAACUAAUUAUUCAAAUACAUUAUUUUAAUAACUACAAAAUUCAAGAUAAAAUGUAAAACAGAAUAAAUUUUAAUCUCAUAAACUAAGGGAUUAAUUAUUUAAUAAAUAACAUUUUUAUGUUGUUUAAUGUCCUUUCUUAACAUUAUCAGAAUCUAUUGAUUAAAGAGAAAAAUGUAUUAAAGAAUAUUAAGAAUUUUUUAAAAGAGAAGAUCUAUUAAGAAGCUAAAUUAAGUGUUUAUAUAUAGCUAUUGAAUAUGAAAGGAAUGAUUUAAUGAAAGCUAAUUUAUUAAAUUGUAUUAAAUGGUUUAAUUAAUACAGAGAUUUGAUCAUUAUUGUUGUUACUUCAUUUGAGAAAGCAGAUGAUCAAAUAUAAAGUAAGGAAGAACUUUAAAAAGCGUUGUCAAUAUAUUUAUAAAACGAUAAAUAAAGAUUAAUCUUAGUAAGUAAGAAUUCUGAUUCAAAUAAUUUGAAUAAAUAAUUUUUAAAUGCUGCUCAAUAUGCAAGUAGAAAUGGAUAAUUUAUUCCAAAAAAUACAAUCUUUGAAACUAUAGAUUAAGAAGAAUCAAGUAGGAUAAUGUAAUAAUUACAUUUAACAAUAAGUGGAUCUAACAGAUGA